GUCGAGGGUAACUGUUGCUAAAAGUCUUGUCUCGUGUGCUUGUUACAAGUUACGAAACUAGAGAGGUUAGGCUACUUCACCAGUCAAGGCUUCGCUUGUGAACGAGCACGAGGAACUUUAUACAUCUCUCCAGUGUAUAUUUAAAUUCAUGAUUUUAACAUUUAGAUGCAGAUAACAGAAGUUACGUUGAUCUUCCUGGUACUUCCAUUCAUGGCGGCAACACUGGCAGUGAACUCCACCCUUGAUACACCUGAUCAUGGAAUUCUGCCUAAUCACACGAGCCCAAUGUCUAAAGUAGCAGAGCCAAAUACUACAGUUGAAGGAAGACAGCUCUUCGAAGCCUUAAGCAGGCCGUCUCUACCCCUCUUGACCCGAAUUGUAGCCUUCAGUGCGAGGAAAGCUACGGGAAGACUCCAUGCAUUCACCCACAUCCACUUCCGUGAUGUCUUGACAAAUGUUGGUGGCGGCUGGGACCACGCUACCAGCGAGUUCGUAGCUCCUUACAACGGUGGCUACUACUUCAGUUUUCAUGCUGUCGGCGCCAGGAACAGUGAUUUCACAAUUGGUUUGACGAGGAACGGAGUUUAUCAAGUGACUGCCUACGGCACUGAGCCAAGCUUUGAACAUGGGUCUAAUUCAGUGUUUCUGCAACUGCGUCGUUUAGACAGGAUAUCCCUGGAUCUGCAACAAGGUAGCAUCUAUGAACACCCUGGUGACGAAGCUUAUACCACUUUCAGUGGGUUUCUAUUGUUUUCAUUAUAAAAUCUUUCACGAAUUAUAAUAAAACUGUUUAGUAUUCUAUGAAGAUUGAAUAUUUAAUUUA